GUUGAAGUGUUGUAUUUUGCAGUAAGUGCUGAAAUAACAGGAAUUCGCUCAGAGACCAUUUCUGUGCCACAAAAAAUAAAAGCAUUACAGCUGUGGAAUGAGAUAGAAACACGCCAUCCUGGGUUGGCCGAUGUCAGAAAUCAGGUGAUAUUUGCUGUCCGUCAAGAAUAUGUCGAGCUUGGAGAUCAGCUCCUCCAGCUACAAUCAGGAGACGAAAUUGCCAUUAUCCCCCCCAUUAGUGGAGGAUAGUGCUUUUGAGACAUUUGGGAAAGAUAUGAAUGAAGUUGAAGAGAAAUCUAAAGAUAUAAUAAAACUCACAUCUGAGAAACUUUCCAUAGAUGAAGUCUCACGGCUGGUGAUUUCUCCACUCUGUGGUGCAAUAUCCCUAUUUGUAGGGAUUACAAGGAAUAACUUUGAAGGGAAGAAAGUCAUUAGCUUAGAAUAUGAAGCAUAUCUACCAAUGGCGGAAAAUGAAAUCAGAAAAAUUUGUAUUGACAUUAGGCAAAAAUGGCCAGUCAGACACAUAGCAGUAUUCCAUCGACUUGGCUUAGUUCCGGUGUCGGAAGCGAGCAUUAUCAUUGCUGUGUCUUCAGCCCACAGGGCUGCAGCCCUCGAAGCUGUGAGCUAUGCCAUUGAUACUUUAAAAGCCAGGGUGCCCAUAUGGAAGAAGGAAAUGUAUGAAGAAUCAUCAUCAUCUUGGAAAAGAAACAAAGAAUGCUUUUGGGCAACCAGUGAUUAAAUCAUUUAUGGUUUUUAGAGUCCUGAGAUAUUAUUUUGAUAAAUUUUUAUCUUUGAUCACAUUUUGAUUUUUCUUCUGCAGAAGAUAGUGUACUGAUACUUACGUAAAUGAGUGGAAAAAAAGAGAGAAAAGUAAAAUAAAUGUGUGUUUAGAAUGAGGGCUUAUAUGGGAACUAGAGACAGAGGAAAGACUUUAGGAAAAGAAUGGAAGAAUAAUUUAAGUUUGAGGAAAGAUACUUGUGGUAGGCAUAUUAUUCCAUGACUAAGUUCUGAUUGUAACUUACACUGAAGUGUGGCCCCCUUCUCAGUGACUGUGUCUCAGAGGCUGCCCCCAGCCCCUCGCCCCUAUACCCAGUGAUGUCAUUGUUAUCAGGGGUGCAUUAUAGGAAUAUUGGCAGAACUGGAAGUUAUAAAAGGUCUUUACCAGACACUCUUGAUAUGAUGUAUUUUUGGAAUCUAUAUAUUUUAAAAAUAAGCUAAAUAAACACAUGAUUUUAAAGUUUAAAA